AUGGCGACAUCGGCGGUGAUGAUGACGACGGCGGCUGAGCCACCGAAGAUAGUGUUGAACCAAGGGAAACGGCGAUUCGAGUCGGAGGAUCACGUAGCUUUCAUCGAAUACAAGAUGAGAAACAACGGCAAAGUAAUGGAUCUGAUCCAUACCUACGUUCCUUCCUCUAAACGAGGAUUAGGUUUAGCUUCUCACCUCUGCGUCGCCGCUUUCGAACACGCCUCCUCUAACUCCAUCUCCGUCCUCCCUUCCUGCUCCUACGUUUCGGAUACGUUUCUUCCUCGAAACCCAUCAUGGAAACCUCUGGUUUACUCAGAGGAUCUCAAAUCUAGCAUCUGA